AUGGAGGCGGCAGCGGGCGGGGGCUGCGGCUCCGGGCCGCCGCUGCUACUGAGCGAGGGCGAGCAGCAGUGCUACUCCGAGCUCUUCGCGCGUUGCGCCGGCGCCGCAGGCGGGGGCCCCGGGUCCGGGCCCCCUGAGGCCGCCAGGGCCGUCCCGGGAGCGGUCACCGCAGCCGCGGGCCCCGUGGCCGACCUGUUCCGGGCGUCGCAGCUGCCCGCCGAGACGUUGCACCAGAUCACAGAACUGUGUGGUGCAAAGCGGGUUGGUUAUUUUGGUCCAACACAGUUUUACAUUGCCUUAAAACUGAUUGCUGCAGCACAGUCUGGCCUUCCUGUACGGAUAGAGAGUCUUAAAUGUGAACUGCCGCUGCCUCGCUUUAUGAUGUCAAAGACUGAUGCUGAUACACGAUUUGGGAACCCGGCGGAACUGCAUGGCGCUAAGGUUCAGAUUCCAUAUUUAAUCACAGAAAAAAACACCUUCAAAAGAAUGGACGAUGAGGAUAAACAGGAAACACAGUCUCCCACGAUGUCACCCCUCGCCUCCCCUCCUUCUUCCCCGCCUCAUUACCAGAGGGUGCCCUUGAGCCAUGGCUACAGCAAACUGCGGAGCAGCACAGAGCAGAUGCAUCCAGCUCCUUAUGAAGCUAGACAGCCCCUUGUCCAGCCUGAAGGACCCUCGUCGGGGGCCGCAGGAGCCAAGCCCCCUCGGCAUCAGGCUUCCCUUAUUCGGUCCUUUUCCGUGGAGAGAGAACCGCAUGAUAACAACAGUAAUUACCCAGAUGAACCCUGGCGGAUAACAGAAGAACAGCGAGAGUACUAUGUCAAUCAGUUCCGAUCCCUUCAGCCUGACCCGAGUUCCUUCAUUUCAGGUUCUGUGGCCAAGAACUUCUUCACCAAAUCAAAGCUUUCCAUUCCAGAACUCUCCUACAUAUGGGAACUUAGUGAUGCUGACUGCGAUGGAGCCCUGACCCUGCCUGAGUUCUGUGCUGCGUUUCAUCUCAUUGUGGCUCGGAAAAACGGUUACCCACUACCCGAGGGCCUGCCUCCGACUCUGCAGCCAGAGUACCUGCAAGCAGCCUUUCCUAAGCCCAAGCGGGAGUGCACGCUGUUUGAUUCUUAUUCUGAGUCAAUGCCUGCGAACCAACAACCCCGUGACUUGAAUCGGAUGGAGAAGCUAUCUGUUAAAGACAUGGCUGACUUUCCUGUCCCAGCCCAAGAUGUGACUAGUGAUGACAAACAAGCUUUGAAAAGUACUGCGGAUGAAGCCUUACCAAAGGAUAUGUCUGAGGAUCCAGCCACUUCUAAGGAUUCCAACAGUCUCAAAGCAAGACCAAGAUCCAGAUCUUACUCUAGCACCUCCAUAGAAGAGGCCAUGAAAAGGGGCGAGGACCCUCCUACCCCGCCACCGCGGCCACAGAAAACCCAUUCCAGAGCCUCCUCCUUGGAUCUGAAUAAAGUCUUCCAGCCCAGUGUGCCAG